AUAGUCCUCUGAUUUUUCUUUUGUCUCAAUUAAGGACAGAUUGUAAUUCUUCCACUAAUAUUGCUUAAUGAAGGAUCAAGAUGGAUUAUAGGAAAAAUAGCCAUGUCCAACACGCAACAGAAGCCAGAGGUCUCUGAUAUUUUUGCAUGAAGUGGUUGUUCUUCUUUCUAUUAUUGACGAAAAUAAGCCAUUUAGUUCACAAAUUUGCUAAAAAACAAGGGAAACUGGCUCGACUCAGUCUCAGUCUGUGAGUGUGAGCCGCAGGGCCCCAGGAUCAAUAAUGCGCCACGGCCAGUAAGUGAGUGAAAUGCUCGAGUUUUCUCCUUCUGCUCUCUGCUUGCCAAACCUCACUAGUUUCCAAACCCAAAGAAGAAAACUUGUCCCACUGUCCCUUUCUCUCUUAUUUUGGGUUUAAUCGUUAGUUGCCCACUCUUUCUCUUCCCAGCUCGUUGCGGUUUACAUUAUUUCCCCCAUGCGUGUUCUUCUUUCUCACUUCACUGAUUGAAUCAGAAGAGGCAAAAGUUGAAGUAACAGUCUCCUAUGGAGUCUCUCCUCCUCUUUCCAUCGUUCUUCCAACCGUCAUCGUUUCAGCCAUCUGAUGCAAGGAGUUGGAGGAACGACUCUCGUAAACCAGGCUCUUCUAGAGGUUCCACCUCCACAUCAUGGGCCAAACUAGAAGGUUGUAGUUUUAAGAGCUUUCAGCGAGGUCACAGCAGGCAUCAAGUGAAAUCUAUCAAAGAACGAUCGUUCAGUCAACAUAGAAGCCAUAUAAAGUUAUUAUCUACUAUCAAUGCCACCUCUGGCUCACAGCCACUCGAAUCGGAUCCAGAAGCUUAUGGUGCUCCCAACAGUGCUUCCGACCUAGUUAAGAAUGCAUUCGAUGCAUUCUACAGAUUCUCACGACCUCACACAGUUGUUGGGACGGCAUUGAGCAUUGUAUCGGUUUCUUUACUCUCGAUUGACAAGCUUGCUGAUAUUUCUCCACUAUUUUUCACUGGGAUGCUGGAGGCAGUGGCUGCUGCUCUCAUGAUGAACAUUUAUAUCGUUGGCCUAAAUCAGUUGACUGACAUUGACAUAGACAAGGUCAACAAGCCAUACCUUCCAUUGGCAUCCGGGGAGUAUUCUGUGGGCACCGGUGUAUUGAUCGUUACAUCAUUCUCCAUCAUGAGUUUUUGGCUUGGAUGGGUUGUUAAGUCAUGGCCAUUGUUUUGGGCCCUUUCCAUCAGUUUUGUCCUUGGCACAGCCUAUUCAAUCAAUCUGCCAUUACUGAGAUGGAAGAGGUUUGCAUUUGUUGCAGCAUUGUGCAUACUGGCUGUUCGUGCGGUGAUUGUUCAAAUAUGCUUUUAUCUGCAUAUGCAGAUGCAUGUGUUUGGAAGAAGUGCCAUAUUUUCAAGGCCAUUAAUUUUCGCAACUGCAUUCAUGAGCUUCUUCUCUGUCGUUAUAGCAUUGUUCAAGGAUAUACCAGAUAUGGAGGGAGAUAAGAUAUUUGGCAUCAAAUCUUUCACUGUCCAAUUGGGCCAAAAACGGGUGUUCUGGACAUGCAUCGCCCUCCUUGAAAUUGCUUAUGGCAUCGCAAUGUUAGUUGGAGCAGCGUCGCCCUUCAUGUGGAGCAAAGGCAUUACGGUGAUAGGCCAUAGCAUCUUAGCCCUAUUGCUCUGGAACCGGGCAAAAUCUGUCGAUCUGACCAGCAAAGCUGCUAUAGCUUCCUGCUACAUGUUUGUAUGGAAGCUGUUUUAUGCCGAAUAUUUGCUUAUACCGCUCGUGAGAUAAUAGUAAACAUGGCAAGACGAAAUGAACAGUGAUCAGGGCGAAUGAUUGGAACAAGAAGCUGGGAUCAAGGAAUUUGGCUGCUCUGAAGCUUCUUCUGUGUAGAGCAAUUGAGAAGAAGCACUUGUAUAACUAACUAUCUGGAUCGAAUAAUCGCCAUUCCCACGAUGAUGAGGCUACAAUAGGAUUUAGAAUGAUUACUGGGUAACUUGGGCAUGUAGAUCACCUGUGAUUCAAACUUUAAACAUACUGGUUUAGCAGUAAAGUUAUACAUUGAAUGUUAGUUCACUGCUAUUGCAUCUCUUUCUUCUUAACUUACUCUCGCAAGGGUAAAGUGUCUGACUUUAUAUCAAGUCUAGAUGAACUCCAGCUGAUUACCCAUUAUGAUUCUUCAGAUCAUGAAAUAUUGUUGGAAGAGCAGAAGAUACCAGGGAGCCUAUGUUUCCAGAAAACACAAAGCCCAGCGAUGGCAGAAAUAGAGGGAUUAGUUAUUCUCCGGCGAGUAGUUAAUUACUUACCCACUAUUCAAAGAACCUGUCUUUGUCUCGGGGAAGGAAGGAAGAACAAGCUUCGAUUGAUGCUCGGAAGCGAAAUCCCCGAGACUGGUCACUCAAUUCCUCCGCCGCCCGGCCGCCACCGCCAGAACCGCGUCGGCUGCGGCCACCCAAAACCGCCGUGACAGAGGGAAAAUUGUAGAAAUGUCAGGAAGGUGAAGAUUCUUCCGAUCAAAGAAGGGAAACCGCCCCGGUGGGUCAAUGAAGAUUCAAAUCAACGAAUUAGUGUUGCUGGGGAAGGAAGGAGAAGGAUUUUCCUCUCGAUUACUGACCUCCCUGUUUGUAAUGAGGGGAACGAUCAGAUAACCGGAGAAUUUAUGGCUGGCGAAGGAAGGACCGACCAGGAACUUGGGCGACGGUCUGAGAGGUGGAAGAAAAUCCCUUACCCGGCGGCCAACAUCACCAACAGCCGACGCCGCUUGCACCAGGAGGAAGAGGAGCAUGCCAGAGAGUAAUCGGCGGGAGACCGAGCCUCCGAUCGGAGGAAUCGAGCGCGAAAAAUGGGAAAUACGGGAGGCCGAAACGUCGAAACGCGAAACGUUUCGGGUUCUCAAAACCAAAAUCGAAACGCGAUAAAUUGACGAGAACUUGAAAUUGACGAGAUAACGCGAGAUAACAAAGUAUCGCGAUAUUUUCACGAUUUAUUGACCUUUUGCGAUAUAUUGACUUUGUGCUGACCGGUGAACGGAGCCCGCCAAAACCAGCCGGGAAAUGACCGGGAAAAACAGGGGAAACUGGCAGAGCUCACUCCUGCUGACUGGGCGAAGGCAAAUUAAGAAGAAAUGCUAAGGGAAGAAACGUGUAGGGUUGAUUAGUUUAGUUUCCGGUGACUAUUCCGGCAUGGCAUCUAUGUAUCAACGACGGACCUUCACCAGGCUCUGUUUUUUUUUUUCUUCUUUUCUUUCCCAGCGAUGCCGGACGAUGGACGGCGACGGAGUGGCAAUGAAUUGGUUUACAUGCGGCAGGUUUAGGGUAUAUAUUCAUCAUCCGAUCAUAAAUAUACUGUUGGUCUGUUGGCGAAGCAGGAAGGACGAAUUUCCCCUUUUUCUCUCUGUUCUUUGACACUCUGUUUUCACACCUCCGGUCAAAAUUUUCUAUAGUAUAGGCGGCAACGGUGAUCAUCCGGCAGGAAUCAAUUAAUCAUUUUUUG